GAAAGUGAUGUAAAAACGUGGUUAGUACGCGAAAUGCUUUGGCGUUGUUGAUUGUCAGGAAAGUCUGUUUUAAUUCAGUGAAAUCUAGACGACAUCAUAAUCAAGCUGUAGGACUUUGAACAAGUAAAUUCCGUCAUGUCUGACGAAGCGAAAGUAGAAGUUAAAGAAUCUAAAGAAACUACAAAUGGUACCGGUACUGAAAAGAACGACGACGUUAAAAAGGAACCAAAAGUUGUAGACGAUGUAAAAGAGGAUUUAGGACCACCAAAUGCGCUGGAGAAAAAGAUAAUUAAACAAAUAGAGUACUACUUUGGAGAUAUCAAUCUACCUAGGGACAAAUUUCUUCAAGAUGAGAUGAAAUUAGAAGAUGGCUGGGUAUCUCUUGCCACAAUGACCAAAUUCAAUCGACUGAAACAACUAACCACAAAUCAUAAAAUUAUUGCCACAGCAUUAAGGAAAUCUGACUCCGGACUUAUUCAGGUUAGCAAGGAUAAUGUGUUCAUCCGUCGUAAUCCUGACAUUCCAAUACCAGAGAACACAGAGGAAAGGCGGAAUGAUUUUAAUGACAGAUCUGCUUAUGUUAAAGGCUUUCCAUUGAAUGCAUCACUGGACUCAUUAAUUGCUUACUUUGAGAAGAUAGCACCAGUGGAUACAGUGUACAUGAGAAGAGAUCAGGAGAAGAAAUUUAAGGGAUCAGUAUUCAUCACAUUUCAUAAAAAAGAGGAUACUGAGAAGUUCUUGGCAGAGCCGGAAUCUAAGUAUGAAGAUGCAGUACUCAUCAAAAAGUCUAAACAAGAAUAUUUUCAAAAAAGAGAAGAUGAGAAGAAGCAGAAAAAACUGGAACAGUUACGUAAAAAGAAAGAAGACCAACAGAGAAGGGAGGAAGAAGAAACAAAGAAACUUGCUGGUUCCAUCACACCUGGUGCUGUGUUACACCUGACAGGUAUCACAGGUGAGGAACUGACCAGGGAGGAUUUCAAAACCUACUUCAAUGAUUACACCCCUGUGGCCUGGGUAGACUUUGAGAAAGGUGACAACCAGGCCUGGGUCAGAUUUACUGAAGCCAACACAGCAAAAUCAACACUAGAGAAAGCAAUGGCAGACCAUGAUGGAAAACUUGAGAUUUCAAAUCUUGUUUUAGAAGGAAGAAUUCUGGAAGGAGAUGAAGAAAUGGAUCACUGGAGGAAAAUUUUUAAAGAAAGAGCAGAUAGUAUCAAUCGCUUUAAGGCAUACAGAAAAAGAAGACAUGGGAAAGGUCACGGAGGACCCAGGGACAAGAAGAAGAAAAAUGAGGAUGGAGAUGGGGGUGGUGACGAGGAGGACAGUGACGGAGGAGAAGAGGAUGAUGCAGGGGAUUGAGAGCAGGGGUGCUGAAAUAGGACUUGACUAUUUGAACUGCAGACUUUUAAACACAUUUUACAGAAGUAAAAAGUGAGCAGAUUGGAACAACAGGACACAUGUUGUGUUCUAGUGUAGAUGUACAUCAUAAGAAAACAGUGAUUUUAUUUAUGGCUCCUGAUGUUGGCCAUGUUUAGAGUGUUGUACAGAAACAUUUUGUGUCAAUUUUUAGUUUUCAUCAUCGAGAACAAAUACAUUUACCUAUAAGGCGAAUCAGUGUUUGUUUUCUUACUACAGCAAUCAUGUUUUUAAGACCAGAAAAUCUUAUGCGAUGGUAAGGUGUCUGUUGUCAGUUAUUUUGUCUGUAAACAAAUUUUUAGAAAGCUACCCCGCCAUCAGUUCUAGUCUUACUGCAAGAAAACUUGGUAAGCGACUGAAGUCCACAAGAUACAUAAUUCUUUUUUAUUGGGUUUCAAUUUCCUUGAACAAUGUUAUUGUGCUUACUUAAAUUAAAAAUUCAAUGAAAUUCGUUCAAAGGCUACUCCUGCUACAGUUAUAAAAUCAAAAGUGAUACUUCUGCCAAAGAAAAUAUAAAGACUCUAAAAUCCAGUAAAAAAAAUGGUUCAAGGGCUACAAAACUUUGACUUUUUUAUUUGUUUUUGGUCUUCUCACAUAAGCUCCUCUUGUCUUUGACCAUUUCAGAUAACUAUACCAAGCAAUGAUUCAAUUCACAGAGUGAAUCUUGCAUCCCAUCUUUACAGUAGGGGUUUCAAGGGUAUAGGGCUAAGUUAGGAAAAGUAUUUUAUAUGUAAACUUGUUUGUGCUGGAUAUUUAGAAAUAUAUUUACUUAUUUCACUAAUCACCGAGAUCUCUACCAAUCAUGUAAAAGCCAUUUUUCACAAGUUCAGGUUACCAGGUGGACUAAAUUGCUCAUAUGAAAAUACAUUAAACUUGACCUAUAUUUACUCCAAGAUUUACAGGAGACAAACCGCUUUACUUUACUCAGCGGUGAGCCGUAUUAUAAGGUAUCAGUAAUGAAAUCCAUGUAUGAUGGUUUAGUUCCUGGCCCUAUAGAUAGUUUUCAGUAGGCCCAAAUUAGCAAGUUAUUUCCCGUUGGCCGCCAUAUUGGAGGUCAACAUGCUCAUAUUCCUUCAUUAUUCAACCAACUUUAACUUUUUAUACUGGCCAUUGUGGGGUAAGAAGCAUUGUUUUUCUGAAAAAUAUACAUUUGUUAAAGCCUCCUUUAUUUCAUAAUUUUUAUUCUAUAAAGAUUUUCCCCCUAAUAUUUCUGCUACAUCCUCUUAGAUUUGGUAAGACAAAGAGGAAAAAUUACCAGGUUGACCACCAAGAUGGCGGCCAAGGGAAAUAACUCAGAAAAUACGUCAUGAAAACUAUCUAUAGGUGGGCCAAGUUUGAAAUGCAUUGAAUGCAGGGCUGUCCCUAAGACCCAGGGGCCAGGGAAUUUCCCCACCUAUAAUGACAUGAUCCCCUGGUUAUUCUGGUAUUCCCCCUCAACCCCCUGUUAGGGAAGGAUCCCCAGACCCCAGUCUCCUUUUAUAAUGUCCCCUGUAUUUCCAUUCUUAGGGACAAUCCUGCAUUGAAUCAUAUAUGAAGCUACUUUAAAAAUUCGAAUUCAUUUUUGUGAUCUAGGUUAAGGCAGAGUUGAUCAUGUUUUCAAACCUGUCUUAACUCCUGGUCAUAUAGCAGACAAAAAACAUGUUCUGUACCAAAUCAAGUUAACCAGCAAACACACAAGGCAAACUACUACUCACUAGAAUACUUCAAACAUUUUGAAUUUCCAUAAAAAAUAUUUACAUGUAAUUAUUGUGCCGGUGUAUUGUCUUUCUCAAAUGAGGACAGUGUAUGGGUUUUGCAGUGGUAUUUAACAUCCACCUCAUUUCUGUAUGAUUAACUUGGUUUUGUACAUUUUGUUUUGAUCAUUUCAUUACCUGUUAAAAACUUUUUUUUUCCUAGUAAGAUCAUAAUAUUGAUAUGUUAUACAGUGUACAAAUGUAUUUCAAAGAUCAAUGUCGGUGGGCAAUGAGAGAUUGAAAAUGUGUAUAGGCUGUAACAUGGACCAUCAACUUUACAGCGUAGUAGUCCUUUACUGGUGAAAUUGACGGAUAGCUGUCAGUCAGUCUAUCUUACUUGGUUUUCCUGAAUUUUUAUAUAGAUACAUGCAUGUACAUGUAUUUAGCUGAUAUUUGGUAUGGGUUCAUCUUGGUGAGUUACAGAUCAUGUUUGCAUUUCAUUCUGUUUCAAUGACUUUUGACAGAAUAAUGGCACAUACUGUGAGGGACUCGGUAUUGCUCUCAGAAUGCUUGCUUAAUAUGUUAAUUUUGUAAUUUUUCAUUAAAAUAUAUUCAAUCUC